ACACAUUUAUAUCUGAUGAAAAUUAAUGUGUUUACUGCAGUUCUUGUAAUUCUGGCAAAUCAGUGGAUGUUUAAUGGUCUCAGCAAAAUGUUAGAACAUAACCAAUUAUUUGGUGGGACAUGGCUUGGUGCAUAUGCUGCAUUGUGCUUUUCUUGUGGUUACUUUGCCUAUGAUCAAAUGGAUAUGCUCAGAUAUCGGCUGUACAGUGGUUGGUUUCCUUCGAUUCUUGCACACCAUCUGGUACUGCUGAUUUGCUUUACACUGGCCCUGUAUCGGCAUGUGACCAUCAACUAUCUUAUUUUAACUCUCGUCUGUGAGUUGCACUCCAUCUUUCUUCACAUCAGGAAAUUGCGUCGAAUGGCUGGCGUUCGAGAUGCGAAGAACAGCAUAGUGAAGGUUGAAUGGAUGCUCAAUUGGGCUAGCUUUCUAGCUACAAGGCUAAUUUGCCACAUUCUCAUCACCUAUAAACUCAUCAUCGAUGCAUCGAAGUUCGGCAAGGGAAUCGAGCUUCCCCUUGCACUGUUUGGAAUGGCUGGGAUGAAUUUGCUUAAUGUUUCCCUUGGUCUCGACCUCUUCAAAGCAUACAAGAAGGAGAAGAUUCAGUAGAGGCAUCUGGAACUCGUAAAUUAUUAAAAAAAGGUUUCUGAAUUUUCUUGGCGUGUUUAUUUUAUUUCAAUUUAACUCUUCAACUCAUUAAGUUUGAUUUAAUUUAUUAUAUAUUUGGAUGAAAACUGAUGCAGGGAACAUUUUCAUGAGAAAAUUUGGAUUGUUUAGGAUCAAUCUCAUUAGUUUCGUUGUGUAUUAAAUAGUGAAAUUGAUCCAAAAAAAAUAUAAAACUUUCUAAUGAAAAGCUUUCCUCCAUUAAUUUGCAUCCAAAGAACGACAAAAUUGACAAUGGGAUUAAAUUGGAUAAGCUUUGAUGAGCUGUAGCACUAAAAUAAACACCUGAAAAUAUAUGAAAGUAAAAUGGACAUGCCUAAUAAAUUUAGAAAUCUUUUUGGACAUUUAUUCCAUCUGGAAUGCUGAAUUAUUACUAUUGGUUUUUAAUUUUACAGAAGUGGAUUAGCAUUUUAGAUUUCAAAUCAUAUAUGAUGUAAAUAUUUACUAUUUGACAUUUCUUACUUGAUAGCUGGGAGGUUGAUAAAUUAUUUUUAGAGCAAUUCCUA